CCCACCACUACCCCGCCACCGCCGCCCACUACCACCCCGCCGCCCGACACCGCCCCGCGUCUUCCCUCUCGGCGCCGCCCAGCCAUGUCUUCCCUCGGCUACGACAGCACGUCCGAAGACGAGAGCGACACCCACUCCGUCGUGUCCGGCUCCCAUGAUGUCCCUGGCAGCGUGAGCUCGGUGACCACGGACGACCGAGACGCCCGGUCGGCCUCCCCAGACCCCUCGGUCUUUUCCAUGACCAGCACCCUGCGCGCAGACGCUUUCAGGCAGGAGUACGGACGGGGCCUCAAUAACUACUCGGAAGUAUACCGCCUGCCAGCGGACGCCGAAGAAUUGUCGCGGCUCGACAAUCAACAUGCCAUGUUUAUAGAAAUCAUGGGGAAAUAUCCGCCCCCAAUGGAAGACGUCCUCGCAGACACACCAGGAGAAGACAGGGCGGCCGUGGACUUGGGCUGUGGCAGCGGUAGCUGGAUCCUGGAUGUCGCCCGCGACUUCCCACAUUGCAGCUGCGUCGCGGUGGAUCUAGUCCCGAUGCAGAUCCCGGACAUGCCACCAAACUGCAGGAGUGAAGUUGACGACAUCAACCUUGGACUUCAGCACUUUCACAGCAAGUUCGACGUCGCGCACGCCCGCCUCGUCUCCUCCGGCAUCCGCGACUACAAAGGUCUCGUGGACCAGAUCUCGCUGGUCCUGAAACCCGGCGGCCUCGUCGACCUGACCGAGUUCGACUUUCGCGUCUACGGCACCGACCGGCGGCCGAUCCCCAUCGAUGCCGACGCGCCUGCGUUCGCGCGGUGGAUGAACCUGGCGCACCGCGCGGUGCAGAUGCAGGGCGGCGAGCCGGACGCGGCCAACCACCUGCACGAGUGGGUGUGCGGCCACGGCGCGUUCGAGGACGUGCACUACUGCACGUGGUGGCUCCCGACCUCGACGUGGCACACCGGGCAGGACGAGGAGGCGCGCCGCCAGAACCGCAUUGGCGCGGCCAUGCGCGACGACAUCCUGUCCUUUUUGAAAUCUGGCCGACCGCUGCUGCUGGGGAACGGCGUGCCCGAGCAGGUCCUCAAUCCGUUGGAGGGCGAGGCCGAGCGCGAGCUCGUCGAGGGCUGCGUUCCGGGCUACAUCCACGUCGAGAACGUGUACGCUCGGAGACGGCAAUAAUAACAUGUUCUUGCACCUACCGUCGGCGCGUCGGUCGUGGGCCGGCGACAUGUCUCGCCACAGAAGUCCUCGGCAGUGGGUGUGUCGCUCUUUCCAUAAGUGCUCCUGCUCGUCGUGGCGUU